UAAAAUAAUGGAAUGUCCCUUCAUGUAAAGUACAUAAACCAUCGAUAUCUUUAAUUUUUGAGACUUUAUUUCAUUUUAUUAAUUACUUUGCCACAUAUUACCGGAUUUUUAGAAUGAUUAGUGAUAAUUUUACAGUGGUUUUAACUUAAAUUUCCGCAUCGUUUGUGUUAAAUCAUAAUUAAACAUUUUCGAUAGUCAAUGUUAACUGUUACAAUAUUUGUUUAACAUACAAGAAUUGAUAGAGUAUCGAGGGCUGUGAAUAGAUAGUUAAUCUGUCAUAUCUUUAGACAAGGGGGUGAAUACAUUUUGUUUCGUUUUUCACUCGUCGCCAUGUUGUCAAUGUUGUUAUUUACUCGUUGAACCUGAACAAUAUUGAUAUGAUUAUAUUGUGCUGUGCUGUGACCCCGUCUUUAUGAGCAUGUUGGAGGAUGUUCCCGUCCAUGGAAGCAGAAGCGAAGUUAGAGGUGCAAAAGCUCCCACACAUCAAAGGAAUCUCAGUUUGGAUUUUAGACAUGUGACGGGUGCAGGCGGGCCGCCGGCAGGAUGCGGUCACCAAAGAAACAGAUCCUUGGACUCUGUUCUUCAAAGGAUACCAGAGGACAUGACACCGACAUCGCCGGAAGGCGCACCACUCCGGAUUCCAAUCGAGGUUCCCGCGCCCAGGUUGGCUUUACCACCUGAAGUUCCAGCUGGUUCAGAUGAUUCUGGAAUUCACACACCGCCCGAUGGCGCCGAUGAAGAGAGGCCACAGCCACCCGCUGCCGCGAGAUCCAGGGAAAGUCUCGAUUCAGGAAAUCCAGAAGACACAGAAAGACCACCAGAUCCACCUGACACAAUUGUCGACCCUCCUACCAAAUCGGAAGUUUCUGCCGCGGACACGUCGAAAAACAAAGACUUUCUAUUACGGCUAUUCGAAAGUAAACUAUUCGACAUGAGCAUGGCGAUCUCAUAUCUUUUUAACUCAAAAGAGCCCGGCGUACAAACGUACUUGGCCAACAAAUUGUUCUCAUUCCCUCACGACGACGUCGACUUCUACCUGCCCCAAUUGGCGACGAUGUACAUAGAAAUGGGCGAUGUAGCGGACGUGCUUAGACCGUAUUUGGUGCACAGGUGUAAACAAAGUGCUGAGUUUUCGCUGCGGUUAGCGUGGUUGCUGACUGCAUUCGGUGGUGAUGCAAAACGGUCUAAGGCUACAAAAUUGAGAGACUCCAUAUUGGCUGAAGAGAUAAGACCGGCAGCGAGGAGAGGUCAUCACAGGUCACAGUCUGACGCUUCCGCGUUGAGGCUGGCGACGCCAACAGCGAGACAUUUAGGUGAUCUAGCUUCUGGACGUGCGUUUGAUAAUGGGUGCCUUUGUGGAGAACAAUGUUCGUGUGGUGCACCAAGAUUAGCUCCCCAAACUCAAUUCCUGUCAUCGCUCACAAAUAUCGGUCGACGUCUCGCCGGCGUGGCUGAUAAGGAGCGGCGUAAUGGCCGGCUACGGGCCGAACUGGCGACGUUGGAUCUGAACCUGCCCGCGCGAGUGUGGCUACCGCUGCAUCAGCGGCCUCACUACGUGCUCAGGAUACCGCCGCAUGCUGCAGCCGUCCUUAACAGCAAGGACAAGGCGCCAUACAUUAUGUAUGUGGAGGUGUUAGAGACAGAUGGACAUGAACCGCUGCCACCUCGUCUCCUGCCACCCGCACCCCCCGCUCCUCACUCGCCCCCCAUACGGCAUACGAAGAGUGAAGAGAACCUGGUACCGGAAUGGCCAGUAUGGUCGUUGUACUCGGCUCUGGAUGAUGUAGACGCUGGUGAUUGCUGGAGCCAUGAUGAUGAGGAACUGAGCACGCAGUAUGCUAAUAGAGCACCGGCCCCCGAUAGUUUAUCACAGGUAUCAGCGAUAUCGGCAUUGUCAACAUCGUCAUGUGGGUCGCGGGAGUCAGUCGCGGUCGGGGCCGGCGAAGUUAGGAGGAGACUCGCGGACGCCACCGCAGCUCCCCCGCCCAAUGCGUUCAAGCAUGACCCAGCUGAUCCAUCAGCCACGGCGCUCAAGGAAUCAUGGGAGAGCAAAUUAGCUCGAAUGCGUUCAUCGUCGCCGUACGGAGCAUUGGCUGGCUGGAGACUCCUCGGCUGCAUCGUGAAGGUCGGAGAUGAUCUUCGGCAAGAGAUGCUAGCCGCUCAACUCCUCAGGAGACUGCAGGCGGUGUGGGCACAGGAACGUGUGCCAUUGAAGUUGCAUCCAUACGAAAUACUGUGCUUGGAUAAAGAGUGCGGACUUAUACAACCGGUUUUAAACUCAGUGUCACUGCAUCAAAUUAAGAAACAGUCGGGCAAGACACUUCGCGCGUGGCUGGAGUUAGAGCAUGGCCCUCCGAACAGCGAGGGUUUCCUACGCGCUCAGAACAACUUCGUAGAGUCUGCAGCUGCCUACGCUCUCACUAGCUAUCUGCUUCAAUUGAAGGACAGGCACAAUGGAAAUAUAUUGUUGGACAGCGCGGGCCAUAUAAUACACAUUGAUUUUGGAUUCAUAUUCUCAAUAUCACCCAAGAACCUUGGAUUCGAGAGUUCACCUUUUAAGUUAACACAAGAAUUCGUGGAAGUAAUGGACGGUGAGCAGUCCGACAUGUUCCAAUACUUCAAAAUACUAAUACUGCGCGGACUUAUUGCGGCGAGGAAGCAUUGUGAUCAGAUAAUACAUAUCGUGGAAUUGAUGCGAAUGGGCGGUCAGCUAUCCUGCCUCCGCAGUAGUAGCGCCGUCUCGUCGCUGCGGGCGAGAUUCCAUCCGGGCCGUACUGAACCGCAACUACAAACGUUAGUGGACCGGCUCGUUAGAGACGCACUACACUCUCUCUCCACCCGUCUCUACGAUAACUACCAGUACUACACCAAUGGUAUACUAUGAAUGGACGCGCGGAAACCUGCCCUCGACUCAAUACACAUAAGGUUUAUUUAUUAAAUUUUGGUACGAAAG